AUGGUGAGGGCACGAGGUUGUGAGAGGUUGGGAACUGGUCCGGCGGCGCACGCGCGGGGCAGAGUCUCGCGGCGGCUCCGAAGUGGACUGAGUCCACUCAGUGCACGCGUCGCCUCGCGGCCGCCAGCUUGCGCGGCUCUUCACGCGUCUACAACUCUGUUGGCAUUCCCCGUGCCCACACGAUCGAUCGCUCACCAGCUCACCGAAUCUGAACAAACUCUAUUUGAUGACCGGGAAAAUUAA